CGGGGCGAUGCGUUCAGGUGGCGCUUUUAUUCUGAAGAGUCCGGCCCGGAUAUCCGGUUGUUUUCCGAAGAAGCGCUGAAAAUGCAACAAAACACGAGUCUGGAUGUUUGAAGCCGGAGACGAGCGUUUCACCCAGGGAAAUACACAGAGCAUGGAUGUCCUUGACAGACUGGAAAUCUACAUCCCAGUGGAGGCGGAGGUGAAAAGCAUCCCUCUGUGGAGCUUAACAAACUCAGUGCUUAGACGAAUGGGCCUCCCCCUGUCUGACUCUGAGGGCUCCAGGAAGCUCGCAGACUCUCCUGAAGGCAUAUGGAUCUGUCCGGCAGUCAUACGGACGAAAGGCCAGAAACCAGCUUCCCAAACAGGAAACGGUGGGAUGUCCUCACUGCUGCGCAGAGAGAUUCGGGCUGCGCCGGGUCCCUUCCGAAUGUCUUUUGUCUCCUCCAAUCGCGCAGCUUACAAGGUGCUGAAGGACACCAUGCCUGGGGAAAAGGGCUCCGCGCACACACCUCACUCCUCCUUGUUACCUCACGGCUCGGCACCGGCAACCUAUAAAAAUGCUGUUGUCAUCUACCACGGACGCAUUUACCUGUCCAUCAGGAACCCCAAUCGAAUCCACAGUGCACGAGAGACACGUGAACCACAGCCAGCUUCCCAGUCUUCCCAGUCCUCCAUUCCUUCAACAUCAGACUUGUCAUCUAAAAGCCGGAAGAAGCGCCAGCCCCCCCUGGCUUCUGUUGAACCUGCAGACAAAGAACUGCAGAGGAAGAGACAGCGUGUCACUUUGCCCCAGAUCUGCCCGAAACAGCCGAAGGAUCUUCUCACAAAACCAGACAGUCACUCCACCGCAGAUCAGGAGCUGCUCAAUGACAACAGGCCCAAGAAGACCCAAACUACAUGCAGAGUCUCACACAGUGAAAACAGGAAGGACGUUAUGCACAAGGGACGGGACGUAUCCUCAUCCAGGACUCCACGUUCUGUCCCUCAGUCCGCUGACAGUGUGCACAAAGUGGACAGCCGUCGUCACGAGGAUGCUGGAGGAGAGCAGGCUGCAGAAGAAGCACCGGGCCUGGAGCCAUCUUGGUUCCAGCCUCAGGGGGAGCAGGAGCAGGAGGAGGAGGAGGAGGUGGCCAACACUGACGGUGAGAUCCAGGACCUGGGAGGUGAAGAAGCUGAGCGCCCCGAUCCAAACAGCGACAUGGACAGUAAUGUACAAACUGACGGUGGCGAACCUGACAGGAUUGUUGGUGUUGUAGAGCAAAGUAGCAGCCAGACCUGGACCAGGAGAGAGCCUCAUGGGGCAGCUGGUGCCUCCACAUCUCUGCAGUUUGACUUUACGGAGCUGGCACAAGAGGAGAUGAUCGCUCGAAUGAAGGCCAAACUCAGACAGAAUGAGGCGGCUCUCAACAACCUGCACUCCUAAUAAGGACAGCAACAGUCAGCUGCACUUCCCCCAAACUUAAACUCUCGGUAAGUUCGUUAGAAAGCGUUUACAAUUAGGUUCACGUCCUCAAACUGCUGAGGUAAAACUGACAGAGCACAAAGACUUGACUGCAUUGGGUUGUUGUGGCGAUCUUUAGCCUUUGAAGCCGAGAUAUCAAACCAUUAUCCUGUGCUCGUUGCGAUUAUCCGUCUUGAGAAAUGGUUGUCAUAAUGGGAACAUUUUGUGUAGAUUAAUGGAACUUACCUUUGUCAUUUGGCUCUGAGCCCACCGGUCCCCAUCGUCGGUCGACUUCUCUCCUUGCGUUCUUGCGUACAGAAGUCUUGCACCUCGCUGACUUUCUGUCACAGAGCCUGGAAACAGCUGCUCGGCGCCUGAUGCAGCCGCUGCCAUCGCUGCUGUAUGUCCCACCUGGGGAUGAGUUCGUUUCAGUGAAUUGCUUAAAUUUAGCUCAUGUUUGCUUAUGUGCUUGUGCCUCUGAUCAAAUGUCAUUUUUCAUGUUUAACAAAGACUCACUUUUGGCCGUUUAUUGAUUUUUCAAAUGCCAACAUCAUCGGAUAUAUUUCUGUUGCUGCAAAUAUCUGUUUGCAAUAAAGAAGUGUGUGUGUGUGUGUGUGUGUGUGUGUGUGUGUGUGUGUGUGUGUGUACAGGACUGUGUUCUCAUUUAAAGGAGCAUUCAGCAGCUCAGAGAUACAGUGUGUUUAAUACAUGAUGCUGUAAGGACUCCGUCUCCUGUCUCUGAUUGCUUUGACUGAGAUUUGCUUUGUUUGAUUUCUGAGUGAGGUUAAAGCACGGGGGGAUCAGCAGGGUCCCAGAUGCUCAGGGGCCCCGGGCUCACUGUGUUUGCUCAUUCGAUCAAUUGCAAAUUUGUUCAGAACUCACGCUGGUGGUGUCUUCGUAUUGACUUUAAAUGCAAUCACAUCACUGCUAAAAUUCACUAUUGACCAUAUCAACACUUACAAGCUAGCCAGCAGCUUGCUCAUUAGCAAACAUCGUGAAAAUAAGCAAUCUACAGUUUUCUGUAAGUACGUGUGUGACCUUCUGCCGAGCCGCUCUUCUCUUUCUUUCUUUGUAUCUGUAACUUUGCAAUCAUGAUCUCCUCAGACAUUCAUCCACAGCUGACAAAGAUUAAACUUCCUGAUCCAA